UUACCCUAAAAUGACAAUAUAUUGACAAUAACAUUUAUUCGAGCCACACCGCACUAGACUCGAUAAGUGCGCUCUAAUAUCAUUAACUCGUGAACUCUACAAAAUCGAUCCUCCAGACCUCUUGCAUGUCAUGCUCGUCACCUAAAAUUUCCCUGAAAUAAUCAAUACCCAGACCGUUUCAUUCCAUUUAUCGGUUAAGGGGUUGAAAACCAGUAUAAACCUUCCUCUAGCCGAAGUGCGACGAAAACAACUACCAAAUAGUUCAUUCCUAUUCAGUGCGGUCUCGUAAGUGUUGAAAAUGUUACAAAGUUGUCGUUUUAUUGAGAAAUAUGGAAUUUAAGAAUUUCCUUUCCAAAACCAAGGAUGGCAAUGAUUUUGCCACCGCGUACCAGGAGGCAAACUCCCGUAAGACAAGUGCGGAAAUUAUUAAUGAAGCACGAUUGGCUAUUAAGGAGUCACAAAACAUAGAAACCAACUUUGCAUCUGCCGCAAUAAAACCGCUCCAAACUCAAAGACCAUUCACGCCCAGGGAUAAGGAAAGACUACUGUUUGGAAAUAAAAAGCCUAAAGCUGAUAGGCCUCCGAGUUCCUUUAGCUUGCGAUAUCUUCAAAAUGAAACGGACCUUCCAGUUACUCCUCCCGAUAACCGAAUUUUUACCACUCAUGUUUCGAAACAUCCGUCCACACCGAAAAUCGACGAGCUCAAAAAGUAUAAUAGAUCGAAUUCGCUCACUGAACUAAAUGGCAAUAUUUUUAAUAUUGGAGUCAAAGAACCAUGCAAAAUCCGGCUGCCAUCCCUGGACAACAAACCGUUACAAAAGAGAAAGAUUUUCAACAAUACAACCUCGCUGGAUAAUCUGCCUGAAGAAACCGAAUACAAAAUCGACAACCCAAAACUCGAAUCUAGAAAUGCGUUCAGCUCGCCGCAGGAAAAAACGAUUUUUGACCAACAACCCGCCUUCGGACGGUCAUCGGCCAGACAAGCAAAUCUAUCCGAAUGCCUCCUGCUCGGCCCUCAAAACCUGACAAAAAUCUUCGACAAUCGACAUAUAAUCGAACAUUCCGAAACGCUCUUUACCAGCACAGGUUACCUAACUAAACAACUCCUAUUGCACAAACAGAACGAUUUAAAUAAAAGGACGCAUUCGAUUUUAGCUGAUGGUAAUGAGCCGGUGAGAACAAUCGAUGAUAUUUUAAACGACCUAAAUAGAACCGAUCCUCAAAACUAUAACGAUGAAACGGUAAAAAAUCUACUGGAAGAGCUGUACGCGUUUAUGGAGAAAGAGGGCAUGCUGAACUCGAAAAUUAGCUCAAAGUUGAAGAUUGUAAUACUCAAAAGCCUGUACCGAUUUGUCGAGUCGAAAAAUGAACAAAUAUUGAUUAACAUUGCACAGAUUAUAUUAGUUAUGAAAGUCACUGGGAAUAACCUAAGCGGGGUGUGUAAGCUGAUCUUUAAAAUAGCGAAAAAUGAUGUUAAUGAUAAUCUGUUUUUCCGAAGGAAUCUCCUUGAACUAUUCCUAGAUGCUCUUGGAAGGUCAAGUCCCAUGGACGAUGCCGAAGCUUGCGUGUACGCUUAUGGAGCCCUCAAGUUUCUGACAAUGAACGUGAAACUAUUAGAAAAAGUAUUAGAUUUAGGCAUUUUGCCUCUGAUGGUGCUUCAUAUUAAGCUAAUCAAUACCGCUAAAAUCGACAAAACCCCCUUUCACAAACAAACUGAUCAUGUGCUUUUCCAACUGACUGGAGCCUUAAGAAACCUGGUUUCAGACGAACAUGUUUACGACAAUUUUAUUUUCUGUGGGACUAUUCCACAGCUUUGCCAAGCUUUAGAAUUGUUUCAGAACGAUGCUGAUAUAACAGCCAAUAUAUCACGCACUUUAAGUACAGUGUCCACUAAUGAAGUGUGUUGCGAUAGCUUAGUUGAAAUAGAUACUAUCUAUAAAACUUUCAUAAAACUAUUUAAUCUAUAUGAAGAAAAUGACGAGAUUAUCGUGCGGCUUGCGUAUACUUUGGGAAAUAUUGUGGCAAAAAUCGACGACAGCAGAGUAAAGUUGUUCAAAGAAGAAAAGUCAAUAGAUUGUCUACUAACUUUGUGGACAACGUAUUUAGAAAGGACCCUCCAGUUAUGCUCCUUGAAGGUGGAAAAUGUGAGUAUUUCCAAUAGCUCCAGUGAAGAUGUCAUGAUUAAGGUAAUUCGAGUGAUAGCCAAUAUAGUGAUUAACCCUGACAUUGGAAAAGCGAUCAAUGAGCAGUAUGGAAGCAAACUGAUUGACGAAUUUUUGAAAGUAUUAAUCAGCAACCCGUUUAAGAAAAACCAGGAACUUGUGCUCUCGAUUCUAAGCACUUUGAAUAACUUAUCAUAUUAUUAUUCCAGCGAUUUAGAGCUAGACGUCUUCCACGUGAAACAGAUUGAUAUUGCCGAAGGAAUUAUAGAGUACACUAAAUCAAAAAGCAAUGAUUGCAUUGUAGAGACGAUGCGCAUAUUGGGAAACUUGUCCCGUUCCAAAAUCACCAGAAACUACAUUGCAGAAACGGAUAUUUUUGGCAAUUUGGUGAAUCUACUUACUACAGCUGAGCCUACUUUAUUAAAAACAACAAUUGGAGUUUUUGUGAACCUAAUGUCCGAUAAUAGAGCGCGGAAGCUAUUCAAGAGUUGUGGUGGAGUGUCGAAACUAAUAUCUUUAUUGACCAAGUAUUGCGAAAACGACUGGUUGCUGGGAAGCCUGAUUUGUCAAGUUCUCUGGAAUUACUGCAUUGAUACCGUCGACUUAUACGAGCUUCUUACUGAAGAGGAAAUCCACCAACUGCUUAUAUUACUGGCUGAUUAUUUAGACGAGGAAAAAUUGUUUGGCGUUGAUGACUCGACUGAAGAAAUGGAAGUGUUCGUAACCCAGGAAUACCUUAUAUGGGAGGAGUUUGCUAAUGUGGCAACCAACUUAUUGGAGAAAAUUGAAUAUUUCCUUGACACAUUUGAUCAAAUACAAAUUAGUGUCGAAGACCCUGCUGCUUUACAGCCAUCAACCAGAGAGUCUGGCACAAACAUUAGUUUUUCUGCUUGGUAAUUUCAAGCAAUAAGAUAAUAAUGCUCUGUAAUGAUUGGUAUGUUUCGUAGUAGGUAAAUAGUAAAUCUAUUACAGCUAGAAAAUCAUUAUUAUAUAAAUAUUGUUAUUUGAUGUGCAACUAUGAUUAUCAUUAAUAUGUGUGUUAUAGUUUAUUUACUGUUUUUUAUCUAUUUGAUUGUAUAACUACUUAUGCAAUAUUCCAAGCUUAUAAAGGGAUAUGAAAAAUAUGCCCGAAGGAAAAUAAUUGAGCAAUCAAACUAUAAAGCAGCUAAGAUAUGAUAACGGUUUUAAGACCGGCGUUUAAUAAAUAUACUGUUAAAUUGAACUGAAA